AUGUUUGCCGGUUUUAGCGUGAAAGAAGAUUAUCUUGGUGAUUCUUCUGAUGAAAAUCGAUUGACAGCCUCAGUCUCUCCCCUAACUGCUAACCUCAAAGAACAUUAUCUUAGUGAUGAGUCCUCCUCGCCAUCCACAUCACCAGUGGUGGAACAAGUUGGCAAUAGGACUCGAGAUGAAAUCACUCAUGUUCCUUCCUCCUCUGAGAUCACGACAACCAAUGAAAGUAAUAAUUCAUUUGUGCUCAUUACUGCCAAUACACAAUCUCCACAACUUGCUCCAACCACUACUCUUGUAACAUUAUCCACCGCUAUUGAUUCACAAAAUCAAGAGCAUUCCUAUGAAUCGAGAUCAUCUCAGCAUGAAAUGACCUAUUUUGUUCAAAAUGAGGAUUCCCAUAUGGUUCAAUCCUUCUUGAAUGAAAGCACAAAGAGUCAACCAACAAGUUUGCAUCCUCAGUCAUCAGUCUUUGAGGAAUCAGACGAGAUUGACACUGAAAGCGAAAGCAGCUUGCAUGAAGAUCAAAUGUUACCUUCUGUCGCUGUUGUGAAUGAUCAACCCGAAAUCCUUCUCACUGCACUUCACGAGAAAUUAUUAAUCGAACGAUCAAAUGAUGAGUCCUGUACCACGACGGCCACUAUUGAGACCAGUUCUUCGGUGGUUUCCUCUACCAUACUCUCGCAUGGUGGAGAGGAGUCAGCACAACCCUCUCAACAAACCACUACCAUACCAUCCGUUGACAGCAUUACUAUCUCUUCUGCUCUGAGUGCAGAAAUUGUAAGUCCAUCCUGGAUGGAUGUCCUCAUUAUGCCAACAAGUCCUCACUUUUCUUUAUUCCUUAAUACUGGACUCAUUGCCUGUGUCACUGUCAUUGUCAUGUCCAUCAAUGAAAUUUUAUUCCACGAGUAA